AGAGAAUAGGCGGAGUAAUUAAAAAAAAAAAGGAAGGCACACCCGAAUCCCCGUCUAUCUACGACCCCGACCGCCGUCGGGGAGCAAUGGGCGCCGCCGCCGCCGCGCCCGUACCACCGAACCAGCGAGAGGAGGCGACGCCGCCGCCUGUGAGGUCCGCGAGGUCGCCGGCGAGCGUGGCGGCGGACUUCGCCAUGGGCGGCGCGGCCGCCGCGGUGGCCAAGACGGGGGCCGCGCCGGUGGAGCGCGUCAAGCUGCUGCUGCAGAACCAGGGCGAGAUGCUGCGGCGGGGCACCCUCACGCGGCCCUACGAGGGCAUCGCCCACGCCUUCGCCCGCGUCCUCCGCGAGGAGGGCGCCGCCGCGCUCUGGCGCGGCAACCAGGCCAACGUCAUCCGCUACUUCCCCACCCAGGCUUUUAACUUUGCAUUCAAGGGCUACUUUAAAAGCUUCUUUGGCUACGACAGGGAGAAAAAUGGAAAAUGGAAGUGGUUGGCUGGUAAUGUAGCCUCUGGCAGUGCUGCAGGAGCUACAACGUCAUUACUGCUAUACCAUCUAGAUUAUGCACGAACAAGGCUAGCUACUGAUGCAAUUGAAUCCCGAGGCAACAAACGCCAGUUCAGGGGGCUGCUGGAUGUGUACAAGAAGACACUUACAACCGACGGCAUAUCUGGACUAUACCGAGGUUUCAGUGUGUCUAUUGUGGGCAUCACCCUGUACCGGGGUUUAUAUUUUGGCAUCUAUGACACCAUGAAACCUCUUGUUCUAGUAGGACCAUUGGAGGGGAAUUUCUUUGCCAGCUUCGCCUUGGGCUGGGCAAUAACUACUUUCUCGGGGGCCUGCGCCUAUCCAUUCGACACGGUCCGUCGUAGAAUGAUGUUAACUUCAGGACAGCCAUUCAAAUACAGGAACGGCUUCCAUGCAGUAAAACAGAUAGUUUUAACUGAAGGGUUCUUCACAUUAUUCAGAGGAGUUGGUGCGAAUAUUCUAUCAGGAAUGGCAGGAGCUGGAGUUCUUUCCGGCUACGACCAGCUCCAACAGUUUGCAAGUCGGCAUGGUCACAAUUUUGAGCGCAAGAUGAAAGGGGUAUUGAAAUGAUGUGUAUAUGGAUAUGAAUAUAUUUGAAUCCUUGGUUCAAGGUUUGAUCAUUCAAAGGGGAUGCACAAGCAAGAUAUCCCGGGUCUGAAGAACUUCACAAAAGUUAAUGGUGGAAAAAGGCAAAAAUUCCAGGAGGUGAAUCUCCUUGCUGCUCGGACGCGAUUGACUAUAGAUUGGGUUAUCUAUAUAUCUUCAAUUGGCUAUAUGCUGUAGCCCUUGAUGAAAUGUUACCUCAGCAAUCUCUGGAAUGGAAGUUUGCAGGCUCCAAAAUGGUUCUUAGUCUCAAAACCCACUUAACCCUAGCAAACCCAGGUCAUACAGGUAGAAUCGACAGUAGGAUGGCCCUUUUACAUUGUACUAUGGUUAUUUGUACAGUGGCAAUUCUGUGUGAAUAGUGUUUGGUGGUUUUCCAGAAAUGCUGGUUAUCGCCCUAAUUCUCUUGGUUUCAUAUUUCUUUGAGCUCCUUUUCCUAUCCUGCUCUGUAAAGCUUGCAAUCAGUGGCCUCUAAACAUAACUGGUACAACAGAAAAGGACAAACAGAGAUUCAUAUUUUUCA